AACUUUCAAUCUUUGGGAUAACGAACUAUCUUUUGUUGAAGAUCUGUUAGAAAAAGAUGUACGAAAUAAUUCUGCAUGGAACCAGAGAUAUUUUGCAAUCUUUUAUAAUCCUACCAAACCUAGUGAAGAAUUUUUAAAGAAAGAAGUUGAAUAUGGUAUAUCCAAAAUUAAGUUGGCUCCUAAUAAUAUCAGUCCAUGGAAUUAUAUUAAAGGAAUUAUCGCAAAGUCUAACAUAGAAAUUACUGUAUUGGAAGAGCUUUGUAAAACAUAUUCCCAGUCAGAUACUAUAUCACCACAUGCACUUGGAUGUCUUGUCGACAUUUAUGAAGAUCAUGUCAAGCGUGGUUUGACAGAUAAAAAAGAAUUAGGAAUUAAGACUUGUAUUCUUUUGGCAGAGAAGCAUGACACUAUUCGCAAGAA